AUGGAGAAUCCGCACGCUGAGAGGCAGGCUGUGCUUUUGCAGAGGAUACAUAAGAACGUGGACAAGUGCACAGAGCUCAUGCUCGAGUUGAACCACUGCGUUGAGGAGGUGCUACGUGCCAAUGCAUACGUGAAAGUGGCGGCCGAUCUGCACGCUCAGCAUCGCAAGAACAUACAAGCGGAUUCUCUAUCUGAUUACUUAGCAAUGUCUCGACUCUGCAGCACACUGGGACGGGGCCUCUCGCUUCAAUACGCCGCCACUGCCCUGGCCGCAUGGCCUUUGACAGCUAAUCAAGAAUCGAUAGGCCGUCCCGCGAGGAGGGGUCCUUGUGGGGCCUCUGGCUUGGCCUGCCUAAACAAGCAGGAGGGUGACGUAACGCGCGCUGCGCUCAAUCCCUCACCACGACGACGCGAGCUGCGACGGCGUCCUGCCUCCGAACAGUGUUAUUUGAGCUGA